AUGAUGUCGUACCUGAAAGUAAUGAUCAUAUGGAACAUACUCUGUGUUUCCUUGGCGAUCCUCUCACUAUCUUUGAUUCAAGAAGUCUCUUCUCAAGAUUUAUCAUCAAGCUGUACAGGGAGAUGUGGGGCAGGGUAUUCUAGACAGCAUGACUGCCAGUGUGAUUCUAGCUGUCAUCGCUACAUGGAGUGCUGCUCUGACUACAAGAAAGUCUGCACAGCGGCAGUCUCCUGUGAAGGACGUUGCUUUGAAGCCUUUGAAAGAGGAAGGGAGUGUGACUGUGAUGCAGACUGCGAAAGGUACGGCAAAUGCUGCCCGGACUACACCAAAUACUGCAAAGAAGCACACACACCAAAGCCAACACCACCUCCUCCAGAAAACAAAUCAACAUCUAAAAGGUCAUCCAAAGAUGAGGAGAAGCCAUCAGAGGAUGAAGCAACAACUCCUGCAGAGACCACUAUAGCUCCAACAGAUCCACCAGCCACGACACAGGCACCAACAACUGAAGCAGAUGCACCCACCACCCCUGAACCUGAAAACACAACUCCUGAAGCCACAGAGGCACCAACAACUGAGGCUGAACCUCCAACAACUCCGAAGGCUGAAGAUACAACUCCAGAGGCCACAGAGGCACCAGAAGAUUCUCCCACCACCCCCAAACCUGAGGAGACAAGCCCAGAGGCACCAGAGGAAGAUUCUCCUACCACCCCCAAACCUGAGGAGACAAGCCCAGAGGCACCAGAAGAAGAUUCUCCCACCACCCCCAAACCUGAGGAGACAAGCCCAGAGGCACCAGAAGAAGAUUCUCCCACCACCCCCAAACCUGAGGAGACAAGCCCAGAGGCACCAGAAGAAGAUUCUCCCGCCACUCCCGAACCUGAGGAGACAACCCCAGAGGCACCAGAAGAUUCUCCCACCACCCCUGAACCUGAAGAGACAACCCCAGAACCCACAGAGGCACCAGAAGACGACUCUCCCACCACCCCUGAACCUGAAGAGACAACGCCAGAACCCACAGAGGCACCAGAAGAAGACUCUCCCACCACCCCUGAACCUGAAGAGACAACCCCAGAACCCACAGAGGCACCAGAAGAAGAUUCUCCCACCACCCAUGAACCUGAAGAGACAACCCCAGAGGCCACAGAGGCACCAGAAGAAGAUUCUCCCACCACCCCUGAACCUGAAGAGACAACCCCAGAACCCACAGAGGCACCAGAAGACGACUCUCCCACCACCCCCGAACCUGAAGAGACAACCCCAGAGGCCACAGAGGCACCAGAAGACUCUCCCACCACCCCCGAACCUGAAGAGACAACCCCAGAGGCCACAGAGGCACCAGAAGACUCUCCCACCACCCCUGAACCUGAAGAGACAACUCCAGAGGCCACAGAGGCACCAGAAGAAGAUUCUCCCACCACCCCUGAACCUGAAGAGACAACUCCAGAGGCCACAGAGGCACCAGAAGAAGAUUCUCCCACCACCCCUGAACCUGAAGAGACAACUCCAGAGGCCACAGAGGCACCAGAAGACGACUCUCCCACCACCCCUGAACCUGAAGAGACAACUCCAGAGGCCACAGAGGCACCAGAAGACGACUCUCCCACCACCCCUGAACCUGAAGAGACAACUCCAGAGGCCACAGAGGCACCAGAAGACGACUCUCCCACCACCCCUGAACCUGAAGAGACAACUCCAGAGGCCACAGAGGCACCAGAAGACGACUCUCCCACCACCCCUGAACCUGAAGAGACAACUCCAGAGGCCACAGAGGCACCAGAAGAAGACUCUCCCACCACCCCUGAACCUGAAGAGACAACCCCAGAGGCCACAGAGGCACCAGAAGAAGAUUCUCCCACCACCCCUGAACCUGAAGAGACAACCCCAGAGGCCACAGAGGCACCAGAAGAAGAUUCUCCCACCACCCCCAAACCUGAGGAGACAACCCCAGAAGCCACAGAGGCACCAGAAGAUUCUCCCACCACCCCCAAACCUGAGGAGACAACCCCAGAAGCACCAGAAGAUUCUCCCACCACCCCCAAACCUGAGGAGACAACCCCAGAAGCACCAGAAGAUUCUCCCACCACCCCUGAACCUGAAGAGACAACCCCAGAAGCCACAGUGGCACCAGAAGAUUCUCCCACCACCCCUGAACCUGAGGAGCCAACCCCAGAAGCACCAGAAGAAGAUUCUCCCACCACCCCUAAGCUUGAAGAAACAACUCCAGAGGCCACAGAGGCAGCAGAGGCAGAUUCUCCCACCACCUCCAAACCUGAGGAGACAACCCCAGAGGCACCAACCACCAAGCCUGACUCUCCCACCACCUCCAAACCUGAGGAGACAACCCCAGAGGCACCAACCACCAAGCCUGACUCUCCCACCACCCCCAAACCUGAGGAGACAACCCCAGAGGCACCAACCACCAAGCCUGACUCUCCCACCACUCCCAAACCUGAGGAGACAACUCCAGAGGCACCAACCACCAAGCCUGACUCUCCCACCACUCCCAAACCUGAGGAGACAACUCCAGAGGCACCAACCACCAAGCCUGACUCUCCCACCACCCCCAAACCUGAAGAGACAACUCCAGAGGCACCAACCACCAAGCCUGACUCUCCCACCACCCCCAAACCUGAAGAGACAACUCCAGAGGCACCAACCACCAAGCCUGACUCUCCCACCACCCCCAAACCUGAAGAGACAACUCCAGAGGCACCAACCACCAAGCCUGACUCUCCCACCACCUCCAAACCUGAAGAGACAACUCCAGAGGCACCAACCACCAAGCCUGACUCUCCCACCACCCCCAAACCCGAAGAGACAACUCCAGAAGCACCAACCACCAAGCCUGACUCUCCCACCACCCCCAAACCUGAAGAGACAACUCCAGAGGCACCAACCACCAAGCCUGACUCUCCCACCACUCCCAAACCCGAAGAGACAACUCCAGAGGCACCAACCACCAAGCCUGACUCUCCCACCACCCCCAAAGUUGAAGAGACAACUCCAGAAGCACCAACCACCAAGCCUGACUCUCCCACCACCCCCAAAGUUGAAGAGACAACUCCAGAGGCACCAACCACCAAGCCUGACUCUCCCACCACCCCCAAACCUGAAGAGACAACCCCAGAGGCACCAACCACCAAGCCUGACUCUCCCACCACCCCCAAAGCUGAAGAGGCAACUGAAACUGUUACUACUCCUCUAAUCCAAGAGACAACAACUAGAGCAGAAACAACCACCUUGAACAAAGAGGUUACAACCCCCAAGAAAGACAAAACUACUGUGCUUAAAGACAUUUUCACAGCAGCAACUAGGAAAGACCCAACUACCACUGUAACUCUGGGGGUAAUAGCUAAACCAGUUGUCACUACAAUGGCUGAACCAGAAGCAACUACUGUUGACAAAAAGACUCCAACAGCUGCAGAAGAAGAAACAAGCCCAGCUGAGCAGGGCAAGGCUCCCACACCCAAAGAGACAACAGCUAAAGAAGAAGAAAGCCCUGUGGGAACAGCAACUGUAAUAACCACCAUAGCAGCCACAACUCCCUUGGCCAAGGCCACUCUGUUGCCAACAAUUGCCAAAACAGAUUCAGAACCUAAACCCAGAGACACAACUGUGGAAGCUAAGGAAACUACAACAGCUAAAGAGGGCACAAGUACCGUAUGUGUUGUGGUAGAGACAACAACAGCUGGUAGAAAAGAGGUAACGACCAUCAAAGAAACUAGCGUCACACCUGGGAAAGAAAUAGAAGGUGCCACUGAAAAAGCCCCUGGGACUGAGAGAGGAGAGGAAACUACAGUUACCCAAGUGACCACCACAAGAGAUAAAAAAGACACGAUAGAAGAAAUGUUCCUUGUUUCUAACGGGACAUCCAAGCCAACUAUACAUUUCCAGGAGAUUGGGGACACGAGAGAGGAGCCUCAGCCAGCCAACCCUGAAACUCUGCCAGAAAAAGAGCCGGAGAUAAACAACCAGCCUCUAACAGAAACUGCUGACUUGCCAGUUCUGACUGGAGAAACACAAGCGAUGAAGGACGAGAAGGACCUGUGCAGCGGGAAGCCGGCAGACGGCAUGGUGGCCCUGCCCAAUGGCACUCUGGCCGUCUUUCGAGGUCACUACUACUGGCUGCUCAAUGGCCGGAGCCCGCCGACCACCAAUCCCCGCCGGAUCAGCGACGGCUGGGGCAUCCCCUCACCCAUCGAUUCGGUCUUCUCCAGGUGCAACUGCGACGGCAAGACCUUCUUCAUCAAGGGUCCCCUAUAUUGGCGUUUCACAAAUGGAGUUAUGGAUGAAGGCUAUCCCAAACCUCUUGCCAAUGGAUUUGCAGGGCUGCGUGGGAAAAUAGUAGCAACCCUCCCAGUGGCAAGAUACAACAGCAGACCAGAAUCUGUUUAUUUUAUCAAAAAAGAUGGCAACAUGCAACAGUAUGUGUACAAACAAGAACCAGCCAGGAAAUGUCAAAGGAGAAGCCGGGUUACCAUCCGAUACCCAGCUUACGUGCCAAGGAUUGUGAUACGCAGACGCUUCCAACGUGCAGUGAGAAUGCCAACCAUCAUCCGGACUGUCAGGGUCAACUCAUACCCAGCAGGAGUUCUGCACAACGAAAUCAAAGUGAAUUCUUACUGGAGAGGGCUCCCCAAGGUCAUCCAUUAUACCCUGUCACUGCCCAACCAGAACAAGCCAGACGGAUAUGAUUAUUAUGCCUUCUCUUACAAUCGCUACUACAGCUUGGAUGUUGGCAAAAGAAUCGCAAGACCUGUUACUGCUCUCACCGGAAAGACUGUGACCAAAGACUGGUACAACUGUCCUAGCAAGUGA